AUGACUCCUCAAGGGGGAAUGAAAGAACGUGACUGGUCAGUGACCGACGAAUGGCCGAACGUCAUGGCUGCGAGGUCAUUGAAAACUGCAAGGCAAUUAGUUUCUAUGUUCCGAAGUAUGGACAUAGAAGAAUGGCUCGAAGGUGAGCAUCUAGCAACGACCGAAAGUGGAAGAUUUCUAGCCUUCACGGUCAAGUUGAUGGAGAUGAUCAACCCAACUAGUGUUUAUUGUCGAGUCUUUGUUCGCAAUUUAGGCACAAUGAAAAGCCAACAUAAAAAUGUUGAGCAGCUCUGGGCUUCUGAUGGAGCUGGAAUUCAAAUACUGAGAGCAGCUAUGAGUUAUAAGCGGUUUUUGUUUUUACUUCGCUGUAUUCGGUUCGAUGAUAUAGAUACUGGAGCUGAAAGGAGAAAAUCAGACAAAUUAGCUGCCAUCCGAUCCAUUUGGGAUUCAUUUGUUCAAAAUUGCUUGAAAUCUUAUAAUACAAGCGAAUUUGUAACAAUUCAUGAGAUGUUACAUCCUUUCAGAGGACGUUGCUCUUGUAUUCAAUACAUUCCGAAUAAGCCUGCUAAGUAUGGCAUCAAAAUAUUCGCAUUAUGUGAUUCUAAAACAUUUUAUUGUAGCAAUAUGGAAAUUUAUAUCGGAAAACAGCCGCCUGGACCUUUCGCAGUUGAGAAUAAACCAUUAGACAUUGUCAAGCGUCUAGUAAUGCCCAUUGAAAACUCUAAUAAAAAUCUUACAACUGACAACUGGGCAGGUGGUAAUGCUGGCUUAACUGGUAUUCCACAAUCUUGA